CUCAUUCUCGGAACGGUUAGUCAGAACUGUAUGAUAACCUUCGUUAGCGGGUGAUAAAACUGUGGUCCUGGUAUAAAUACAGCCCAGAAAACAGUAGUAGGGCAUCCCGAGCACCAUGAAGAUUUCUCUGUUGCUUGUUAUUGCAGCACUCGUCGCUGUGGCGGAGGUGUGCGGUCAGCCGGUGGAAUCGGUAUCUGGGCCACUGGAAGAAAUUCAAAGAUGGAAGAGGGACGACACAGACAAGGAGACCAUAUGCGUCUCGGCAGACAACAAGUUCUACUUGUAUGCUAAUUCGGUGAAGCUAUACACUUGUUACAGCCAGGUCCCGAAAGUUUACGUGGUGAAACCAAAGAGUCUAUGUAAAACAAAUCUGUCAGACUGUCCCAAGAACAAGGACUAUUGCAAGUCCGUUGUCCCAGCUUGAGGAGACUGACUCGUCUACGAUUGGGUGAAGACCAGAUGGCUGGCCUGCUGACUGAAGACAUCUACAAUAUUCAGAGAUUCAGAGAAAGCAAGAAAUCCCAAGAGCGACAGAACUUACCACUUUUUCUAGCAACAAGAACUGGAGGAAUCGACUAAUCCUGAUUCAUGAUAGUUUCUCAUUGCUUCACGACAUGCGAUAAAUCACACCAGCAUUAGAUUUAGGCGAGAAACUGACUCCAAAAACAUGUGUUUAAAAACAUGGUUUUCCCUGUUUUUUUAUCUUUCUGUUGGCCUUGUAAUACUUUUAUACUGACGCAAUAAAACUGUAGUUUCAUGUC